AUGCAUACAAAGAAUCACAAAAUUCUCAUUGGACCCUUGUCAGCUAUAUUUCCUCGAAUCCACGUGCGAGACCCUUACAAGCGGCUCGGAAUCAGCCGGGAAGCCUCUGAAGAUGAGAUCCAAUCCGCUCGGAAUUUCCUGAUACGAACGUAUGGGGCCCACAAGCCGAGCGUGGAUGCAAUCGAGUCGGCACACGAUAAAAUCAUAAUGCAGAGGUUUCAUGAGAGGAAGAACCCUAAGAUCAACGUCAAGAAAAAGGUUCGAGAGGUAACACAGCACAAAUAUGUCCAGGCUGUCGCCAGCAGGUUUCGAUCCCCGGCCACUAAUGUGAUCGUGAAGACUUCGAUUGCUUUCAUAGCAUUGGGGGCCCUCACUGUGCUCUUCCCGACCGAAGAGGGACCCACUCUUCAAGUUGCUGUCUCAUUGUUGGUUACCAUGUAUUUUAUUUAUGAUCGGCUGAAGAGCAAGCUAUGGGCAUUUCUCUAUGGGUGA